AUGUCAUCUGAAACUCCGGUAGAUCAAUCGCAGAAUGAGCAGGCUGUUGGCGACUUAGGAGUAACUCCUAAUAAUACAAUUGAAGAAAAACCAGAUGUCACACAAGAUAAUAGCGAUGAAAAAAUAAACAACCAAGACGAAGAGGAAGAAGAAGAGGAAGAGGCGGAAUUAGAUGACCUGUUUGGAGAUGAUGAUGAUGAUGAUGAUGAUGAUGUUGAUAAUGACGGGAAGGGGUCAGAGAAUGAAAAUAGUAAUAAUGAUAAAAGUGGGAAUAGCGAUGAGGAAAGUGCCAACCAUAGAGAACAUCACAGAGAAAGUCUCGGAUUGGACGAUGAUGAAGCAGAAGAACAAGCUAUGUAUACACGUAAGUUUUAUGGUGAAGAUGCCAAUGACUUUUCUGACCAAGAUGAGGCCGCACAUACUUUCAAAGAAGAGAAUGUAGAACUUGUUAGACAUAUUAUUCCAAGUAAGGCUAAUGUAAAUGAAACGGUGUCUCAUAAUGAAAUUUUUUAUGCCAGAAUUCCGAACUUUCUAACGAUUGAUCCAGUUCCGUUUGACCCUCCAAGCUUUGAGGCCAGCGUUAACGAAAGAGCCAAUAAUUCAACCUCUAAGGAAGACCAACUGGAUGACCGUCUUAUCGAUGAAAACACAGUUAGAUGGAGAUAUUCCCGUGACAAUGACCAACACGUUUUUAAAGAAUCGAAUACACAAAUCGUCCAAUGGUCGGAUGGUUCAUAUUCUCUAAAAGUUGGUGAAGAGUAUACGGACAUAUUGGUCAAUGAUACAAGUAAUACAUUUUUAACGGUGUCGCACGACCAACAAGAACUAAUGCAAUGCUACGAAGGAGGAGAAAUUAACAAGACAUUAAUGUUCAUUCCAACAUCCACCAGUUCGAAAAUACAUCAGAAGUUGAGUAAAGCUGUUGUAAGAAAGAACCAAAGGCAAAACCAAGGUCCUGGUACAUAUAUUAUCAAUAUGGAUCCCGAAGUAGAAAAAAGAGAACUGGAAAAGAAACAAAGCCAAAUCCUAAGAGACAGAAGGAAAAGACAACUCAAAGAAAAAGAGAAACAAGAAUCUCCAGAUGUUGGUUUUGAAACUGCAUUCAGAAAACAGAGCUCCCCUACUGCAUAUGGAGCCACCAGAAGAAACGAGUACGAAGAAGACGACUUUUUAGUCGACGAUGAUGAAGAAGAGGGUGAAUUUGAUGACGAUGAUGACAACGAGGAGGAAGAAGAAGAAGAAGAAGAAGUCGACGAAGACAAUGCGGCACGCUUAAGAAACUUAAAAAGAGAAGGUGCGGCAAUGUAUAGAGAGGAAGGAGGAGAUGACGAAAGUAACGAGAGCAAGAGAAGAAGGGUUGCCGUCAUCGAGGACGAUGAAGAUGAGGACUAG